GAAACAUUACUAGGCGGAAAUGUCUUAACUAAGUUCUUCAACAUCUCUUCGACAGUGCUUCCUAUUGUAAUGCUGGCCAUGUACGGAGUAAUAUUCCUUGUUAUAAUCAAAAGAAGAGGGAUGUUGACGGGUAAUGCCACCUCAAACGAAAAGGAUCGCUCGCUACUUUGGCAAGCACUUGCCAUAUCAGUCAUGCUAGAGUUGACUAAACUCACAAGUAUGCUGACUCCAUACAUGACCUCAACAGCUUCAUGGGUACAAUGGUGCUGGACGAUAUUUAGCUACUCGACAUCCAUAAUCAAUCAAAUGGCCAAUCCAGUGCUAUUUCUCACUACAAACAAAAUGGUCCGCACAGUGCUACGAAACUGCUUCAAGCGUGGGAAGGAUAACAGCUCGGAAUCGAGCCAAACUAGCAAAAAUGACGCUCCGUUAUCAGGAUUUUAUCGUAAAGUAACAAGCUCUAUACGUAAAACAAAACGUAUACUUUUCAAUCAACAACCGAUUGAUAGAAGCACAUGGGUGUUUUGAGAAAUUAAACAAAUGUUUUGUUAAGCUUGCAGUCUAUUCUUUCAUAGCAAGUGCUUAUUUUGUUGAUAAUUCCAUGCAAGUUACAUACAUAUUUCUCAAGUUUGUAUGUCUGUAGUGUAUCAUACAUAACUUCUUCCAUGUUUCCGCAAGUAAUUUUAUAUGUCUCGUCCCUCGAUUUUAAUAUUGUACACAUGUUUUGUGCACAGUAGCCACUUUAGUAUAGGG